AUGGCUAUCGGCGCUAGCUAUGCGAUGAAGGCCUCUGAUUGGCUGAUAUGGUCGACACUGCUCACCCUCACCACUGCCCGCUCCAUCUGCGGGAUUCUAGAUCAAAGAACCGCCAUCGUCGGCGACCGCCUCUUCUGGUCCAGCGGCAACUACACCUUCGACGAUGGCACUUCAUGGUCCAACACCUCCUCACUCUACUGGCUACGGCUGAACGACACCAUCAACGUCCACGGGCCCAUCGACAUGUCGCUCGUCGGCAGCGUCGCCCUCCCCAGCGACGCCCUCACCGGCGGCACGAGCCCCAUGUCGGGCGGCGCGGCGGGCACCUUUUUCUACGACCACACGAUGCUGUACGCGUACGCGGGCAUGGUGGGGCCCGAAGCCAACGGCGUCGACAACCAGCUGUGGGCGUUCAACACGACGACGGACGAGUGGAGGCUGGUGCCGGUGGCGGGCGGGCGGGCGCAUCGCGUUUGUUCGAGUCGGACAAUGGCGGCGCGGGGCGAUGAGCCGCAGUGGAGCUUCAUGACGGCGCAGCAGGGCGAGCAAGGGCCGAGCAUCGUCAAGGGCGCCAUGGUUUCGCGCAGGGCUGGGACUGGGCGCGCCUUCGACGACGUCUACGUCCUCAGCCUGCCGUCGUUCCGCUGGAUCCGCAUCAGCGACUUCAACAAUCCAGACAAAGCUCUUCAGCCCAGCCCCGGCCGCAACAGGCACAAGUGCGACAUGUGGCGCGACGCGCAGAUGACCGCCAUGGGCGGGCUCGCUACGCUGGGCCAAUGGACGAGCCAGCAUCUGAACGACGUUUGCAACGAGACGUAUCCGCCCGUCCGCGUGCUGGACACUUCGACUUACACGUGGCGGACGCAGUUUGAGCCGGGGUUGGAGUACUCGGUUCCUGACGCCGUCACUACCGUCAUAGGAGGGAAUUCUACAGGAGGUGCUGUGCUCUCCUCACCCGCGGCGGGCUGGGGUUUCGACGAGCUUUCGAACAUCUUCUUGAAGAGGGUGCAGAGAGAUACAGACGAUGGAACUUCGACGGGCUCCGCUCAAACAAGCGCCACUAACACGGGUGGCUCCAAUGCCUCGAGUGACGACAGCCGUGGCGGACUCUUCGGUGGAGCAGUAGCCGGCAUUGUUAUAGGCUCCAUUGCCGCCUUUGUGGCGAUUGUCGUAACAAUUCUGUGGUGGAGAAGAUGGAGGAGGGCACGCCUCACAAAGAAGCUAGCUGCCGAGCGAGAGGUGGUGGAUGGAGGAUGGCAAAAGCCGGAGCUCGAAGCACGAGAACAGCGGCGGCAGGAGCUGGACAUGCGGACUCAGGUGCAUGAAACGCACGGAGAUGCAGUUGCCAUACGGCCAGUGGAGCUUCCUGUACAUACAAGACCUUCAGAGAUGCCGGGCUAG